UGCAUUCCGUGUGUUUCACUGCGCGCUCGCGCUUUCAUGUUUCUCUUAUGCCCGUGAUGAGAAUGUUUGCAUGAAACGCUCGCGGUUGUGAGGGGCUGUUCUCUCACCUUAGUAUACUGCGUCUUGUUUUGUCUGAAGUCUUUGCAUUUAAGUAUUUGAGAGCGUUCUGUGUGCGUGCGUGCGUGCGUGUGUGUGUGUGUGUGUGUCUGUGUGUGUAUUUGAUUUAGACAUCAAUGGCUGGCGCUGCCUGCAUAGCGUCAUACUUAGAAUUCAUAUUUUCAUCCCUCUCAUAUGCUCUCUGUGCCAGCAGUGGCUGCGGCAGGAAUAUCACUGCACUUUAAUUGCCUUUGUGUAAAACACAGACUCGGCAGCGCGCGCGCGCAUACACACACACACACACAGUGGAUUUGCAUUUGCUUAUUGUCACACGUGAGGCGUGUGCAUGUUCAUGAGCGGCGGUUUCUCGUCUCGUGUGUACCGGUACACGUUCGGUGAACGCUGUGUAUGGUGAACCGUACGCCACUGUUCCUUUAUGUUGGCCGGAGAUCAGCAUCGUCGUAAACCUCAAUCUUUUUAUUCACAAUGGGAGUGAAGAUCAGUGUACCAGCAUCUCUUGCCUCCCCAGCAGCCCCUGUGUGAUUUCAUACAGAGCUCGUGAUAUUGCUAAGUGAUGCUUUAUCAAAUAUUAAAUGGAAGUGAAAGCAUCUGUUCGUGUUAGAGGCGACUGAAGAUUGAAGGCAUAUCUUGCCUGGUGAGACGUGUAGCCUAGAUAAUGAUGAUAUGUGCCAAUUUAGACCUGGAAAUAGUCGGAUGAAAGGCCAGAAAAGUCAUUAAACUGUCUCAGGCUAUCCAAAACGGAGUGUCUGAGGUUAUGGAGGAGGAAAGCAACUUGAAGAAACGAAAAAGCGAUCAACAAGGCAACCAGGGCUCUGAGACUGGUCAGGAGGUGGUGGAAAAAGUAAAAAAGCGACGGGGUCGCCCUCCUGCCGAGAAGCUGCCCCCCAACCCUCCCAAGCUCACAAAACAGAUGAACACCAUCGUAGACAUGGUCAUCAACUACAAGGACACGUUGGGCCGACAGAUCAGUAAAGGUUUCGUCCAGCUGCCUUCAAGAAAAGAGGUGCCAGAGUAUUACGAGCUCAUCCGCAAGCCAGUCGACUUCAGGAGGAUCAGGGAGAGAGUGCGUAAUCACAAAUACAGGUGCAUUGCGGACCUGGAAAAGGAUAUCAUGCAGAUGUGUCACAACGCUCAGACGUUUAAUCUGGAAGGAUCUCAGAUUUUUGAAGACUCCAUUGUUUUGAAGUCUGUUUUUGAGAGUGCAAGACAGCGAAUAGUGGAACUCAGCGAGGAAGACAAUGAUGCUGUCGGAAGCAGUGAAGCAGAUGGUGGCCAUCAUUUUAAUCUAGAGGCUCCUGUUUCAGAGUCAACAAAUCCCAAACUGGUUGAAAAAAAGGAGAAAAAAAAAAGCGAUCCUAGUAAUUCCAGCUCAAAGGAGACGGUCACAAACAGUGAUGAAGACAUUGGCCAAGAAUGUGAGAAUAACACAAGAGGACUAUUGAAUUAGACCCCGAAUGACAGCCUCAUAUAUUGUCUGCCAUUUUAAGAACAUUGUAUGGCCAUUUCAGUCCAGUUUUCCUUGAUGUUUCGCUCAAGGAUUUGCUCCGAAUGUGAUCUCUCAUUAUAUUGAUUGCUUAAAACACCUUUAUAAAACCUUUGUAUUCUAAACACAUUAUUAAUGCAGUGCUUCUGCAGUGAUGCAUUUUAAAUUGGCAUUAUUUUCAUGUAUUUAUAUGAUGUAAAUAAAUCAUAAACCCAAAAUAGAUAAUAUCAUGAUGAAAAAGUUCUGUAAGUUCAGACUGACUGAAAAUGUUCUCUCUUUUCCCCCCCAAGGAUGGAAAAUGGUGGUAUGACAUAUUGUAUGAUCAUUGAAAAAAAAUGCAUUCAAUCUUUUAAGAUGUGAUAAGCUGUGCUAAAUUUGCAAGCUAUUAUGUCUCUGUCUCAGAGAAUUUUUAAUCGGUGGUUUUUGUGACUAUGAGCACUUUGUCAUCCUCACUUUGUAUGUUUCCCUUUCCUUCAUUACCUGUCAACAUCUUUUAAAAAAAAGCAACGAUUUUUUAUCCAACAGCUCUUUAUCUCUCUUUAGUUUUCACAGGAUCGUAACUAUCUGUACAUAGAGGAACUUGGGGCAUAAUGGCAAUGUAUUCUUUGGUGACAGAUCAGAUACUGCCCUCAAAGAGAGGCACCUAUUGAUGAUGUUGUCACACUUGUGUGUUCGGUUUAUGAUGGAUGGCAGAGCUGGUGUGUUUGUGGACAGAUUCUGACAUUAAAAUGUAUGGGGUUUAUACGAUGUGAAAGGGCAACAAGGUUUGAGACAUCAUCUUGAAAUAAACAUUUUUAUGAAA